AAGGAUGAUGUAGUAAUAUAGCAACACUAGGUAUAUUAAAAAUGCCAACUUUUAAAACUAAAAUACUUUUGAAAGGCUAAAUAAAAUACUUAAACGUGAAAAGAACUAGUUUAAAAUCAUUUAAAAAAAAGAGAUUGCGUUAAAGAGAUAGGAUUUGCAGCAGGGAAGUGUGCGCCUGUGCGUAAGUGUGUGUUUGUGUGUGUUUCAAACUGUCUGUGUGUGCGUAAAGGAGGGAGGGGGGAUAUAAAAGCUGGAAUGAGAUUUGAGCAGCUCUGCUUAUGAGAAGAGACUCUCUGAGAGCAUCUAACCACCGCUGCUGCUGCGUUUUAUUUUUCUUCACUGGAUGCUGAUUUCUGAGAGGACUUUUUACAUCACUGAAAAUGAUAAGUGGAUGAUGCAGCAACAUGAGAUUUUCCAAGUUUGAUUUCUUUGGAUCUGCCUUGAGGAGGGAGUCAGUAAGAUGAAGAGGAAGAAGCAAAAAUGUGUUUGACUGUGACCGGUGGACAGCUGCUGGAGAUGGAGCCGCUUUUAUCCUCAUUUUCCGAAACACCGAGAUGGACGUUUGAGAGUGACUUCCAAACGAUUUCAUGUGAGAUCAAUGACAGAGGGGUCUGACAGAGGAAGGUCCAGGGAUGGAGAGCGUCAGCCAGCUCAAACCGACGCCUGCCAUCUACGGAGAGCUGUUGAACAUCUCCACAAAUGACACCCAUGCCAAUUUCACCUCAAAGGAGGAGGAGAAAGGCACAAACUUGGCUUUUCAGGCGGGGCUUGCGGUGACCUUAGCCCUCAUAACUUUUGCCACAACGCUUUCCAACGCGUUCGUCAUCGCCACUAUUUAUCAGUCCCGCAAAUUACACACUCCAGCAAACUUUCUGAUCGCCUCCCUGGCGGUCACGGAUCUGCUGGUUUCCAUUUUGGUGAUGCCCAUCAGCGCGCUCUACACAGUGUGUCAAACGUGGACUCUCGGGCAGGUCGUGUGUGACAUCUGGCUCUCAUCGGAUAUAACGUGCUGCACCGCAUCCAUCCUUCACCUGUGCGUAAUUGCGCUGGACCGCUACUGGGCCAUCACGGACGCGGUGGAGUAUUCCAAAAAGCGCACGCCGGCGCGCGCAGCCGGGAUGAUCGCCACAGCCUGGGUGAUCGCCAUCUCCAUCUCUCUGCCGCCUUUUUUCUGGCGCCAGGUGAAGGCGGAGGAGGUGACGAGCUGCAAUGUGAACACCGAUCACAUUUUCUACACCAUUUACUCCACCUUUGGCGCCUUCUACAUCCCCACGCUGCUGCUCAUCGCCCUGUACGGCAGGAUUUACGUGGAAGCCCGGAAGCGCAUCUUGAAGCAGUCACAAAAUAAGCCGGGGAAGAGACUCACUUCGGCGCGCCUCAUCACUAACUCCCCCGGUUCGGUGGCGUCCACGACCUCCCUCAACUACGGGACGAACGACACCUCCUCAUGUGACACUACCUCGUCUGCGAACGUGAGCCAAGUCAAAGUCACUGUGUCCGACGCGCUGCUGGAGAAGAAGCGGAUCUCCGCUGCCAGGGAGAAGAAGGCGACCAAAACUUUGGGAAUAAUCCUGGGAGCUUAUAUUAUAUGCUGGCUCCCGUUUUUCAUUUACACCCUUCUAGUGCCUCUGUGCGAUUCCUGUUUCCAUCCGGAGUUAUUUGACAUUUUCACUUGGCUUGGUUACCUCAACUCACUAAUCAACCCCAUCAUUUACACCAUGUCCAAUGAGGAUUUUAAGCAGGCUUUUCACAAACUGAUACGCUUUCGAUGUUGCAGAGCGUGAGCCAUCACUACUACACCCAAAUCCCUGCCCCAGUCAUUUGUCAAAAUCGAUUCAGCCAAAUAGGCUCCAAUUAUACCAGAUCACAUCCAGAUUGCCAUGAUAAUGUGUUUCCAGAAUGGGUUUUCCAUGACAAAUUAUGCGCAGGGCCACAAAAAUGCAUUGAUGUGCCAUGCAGUGUUUAUGGUACUGAAUACUCAAAGAGUGCUGUUGUUUACUGAUGGGGUAGAGGGGAUGGAUUAGUUGGUGGAAUGAUUUAGAAGCAUCCUGACUGAUUGGUAGUCAUCUCUAAGGACAUGGAGACGUCCCUUAUAGGCCCUGAGGCAGAGGCCACGCCUGCACUGUACAUACUCAAGUCUACAGACUCACUUUGCCAUAGGAGUUUGACAGCCAACGUCAGUUGGCUCCUAAGCACAAAAAGCUUAGAACUAAGCUAUCAAGAGCCCUGCGGGCAAAAAAUAUUGCUUGUAUUUAUUUUCCUGUCACAAUAAGAGGAAAUAAUGGUGCCUACUACAAGCUUAGUUUGGUUUGUCAAACAUACCUUACCCACUUUAAUGUUAUUGCGGGUAGGCUAUGUAAUUUUCUUUGUCCUCACGCAACGUUCAUACCGUCUGUGUGAUGCGCAUUCAAGAACGCAGCAAACACGCAUUUUUGGUGAUGUGUUCACACUGGACAAGCAGGAAGGGGCUUCCUCUUUUUUUAUUGGCCACCAUUUAAUAGCACAUGACCGGCACCUGCAGUUGGAAAAGGCUCGGUUUGAAAUGUUAAAAUCUCACGAAUUUUGCCUCAGGUUUUUUCUUCCACAGCUCUAUUCAGAGACAUGAAAGAUUUGGUGUCUUAUAAUUCCGGCCGGGCACAAACCGCGAUUCUUAAUUUCUCCCCCUUGAUCAAUUUUUAAAUGGUUAGCACUGUGCAUUACAAAGGACAUCCUCCAUUUGUCACUAUUUUCAACGCGUGUUCAAGGUUUUAUUAUGUAGAUUCCAAAAACGGUCGUAGCCACUUGAGUAGCGACACAUGAACAUGAGAACUUUGAACGCUAUCCCAAAACAUGGAGUUUUCAUUAGAAGUGGUCCACUGAAUGCGCGUAGCAGAGGGCGGUGUGAACGUAGCUUCAGAGUGGCUUCUGUUGCUUUGUUUAAUUAUUUUUGUAAGAUGACAAAUUGUGUGCAUCAGUGGCGUGUUUUCAGUUUACCAAAAGAGUCUGGAUUUUUCCCAGUCGACUGUAAAAUAGAAUCAACUGCUCAAAGAGGAAAAUCAGUAUUUUCAAAUAUCAGUAUUAGCUGUGAUGUUUCAUUUCAUUAAAAGAUGAAGCAAAUCAAAACCCCAAAUUCAAGCUCAGAAACCACAGAGUUUGUGGAGUCACAACAUACCAUUUGCCUCUUCACACAGAUCAUUUGUGCAGAGAGACUGUUAGUUGUUGAAAAGCUAAGAAAUGCCAUGGUAUUCCGAUCCAAAUGCCUGAUUUUACCUCCUCACAUGUCAAGGUCUUGGGAGCAUAUAUUGGGUAAAGAAAUUACAAUUAUCUUGAAAAUUUAGUGAACUCCAAGCUUUGUUUUUUACAUUCUGGCCUAAGUCAAAUCUCUGCAUUAUUAAUUUUGAGAACAGUUUAUUCCUAGUACAUAUGUUUUUGUUCUUUAAGCUCAAGGAAAUUGCAAUAGAUUCCUUUAUUUUUGGUAUUUUUAGUUUGCUUUUUGCUUUUUUUAAAAGGAAAGAAAGAUUUGCAAAAAAACAAAUUCUCCUAAAAAAGGAAAAUAUAAAAGUAACUAGGAAAAUACAUGUAAAUAUUAAAAAAAAUAACAAAACCUCAAAAUUGCCAAUAAUUAUGAAUCUUUGGGUAACUUUAGUAUAUGAAAUUAAUUAUUUUAAUACUUUUUUUUGUAUUUUCUAUAAUAACAGUGAGACUGACACCACUCUCAUGUCUGUAAAUUAAUCUUCCAAAUAAUCACCCCUCUAGUUUAAAAGGAGCUUUAGUGACAAGAGCCAUUUCACGCUUCAUGCAUUCUUUGUCUAAAUCAGAGCUUAUGAAUAAACACAAUGGAUCUCAUGGAUCUAUGAGUGUAGCAUGCAUUUCUGCAGGAUUGCAGAGAGGAAAAAGCAUCAGCAGAGCUCUGGUAAGCUCACAUUUUCUAUUUUCAAAGUGAAUCUUGAGAACAGUUUUUUCCCACAUCUAGCUGUAGAUAAGUUCUUGCCUUUUUCUUUGUUGGUUUAACACAUUUAGGAUCUGUUGGGUUUCUUUCAGAGGGUCAUUGCGGAAAAGAACUGGAGUCAAGAGAAAAAAAGGUUAUCUCAGCAUAAGUAGACGAGGCAAAAUAAAAGCUGUCUAAAGAUCAGAUCAGAUCUAGUUUGCUACAAGUGUGUAAACACUGUAAUGUUAAAGUGGUUGUGCACUGGGACAAGGUUAUUGCAGCGCCAGUAUGAACAAUGUCUGUGCACAUAAAAUUUAGUUCAGUAAAAGUCACAUAACUUGUUUUCUGUGGAUGCAUUGGUCUGUCUCUAAAGUCUCUUCAAAAGGUGGAAAAUAUUAAAAAUACCUCGACACAGUAAAAAUACAAUGAAUUUGGCUCAAUGUAGUUCCAAAAAAAGUUUACAUUUAUUUUAUUAUCUAAACCUUUAACUCCUUAUCAUUUUAGUUUUCAAUUAUUUAAACCCACAUUAUAAUCUACACAAUCGGCUACAUUUGCAACAUUGUAAUUCCUUUUAUUUCUUUAUUAUUUUCCGCCAUUGGUGGCCUGAUGUAUUUAUCACCCACCAAGCAACCUUAAUGCUUGCAUCAAUUAUGAAUGGAGUCUGACAGACAAAAACAGCUAAAAUAUGGAUUACAUCAGAUGAGAAAAGGAAGUCUCCUACUUUGGCUCAAAUACCAGUAAAUAAACAAAAAAAAUUACUGUUGGGCCACAAAAAUUAAUUUAUCAGAAUUUGUUGUAUAGUUUAAUGCAACAGCAUUUGCAAAGAGCCAUUGCAUAACUACAUAUUUGCAAACACAAGUUACCUAAGCAAAAAUAAAUGAAUAAAAGGAGCGAGGUGAGCACCUCUUGCCCAUCAUUGGAUCUGCAGCAGUUGUACUCUUUUUAAUAUCUAUUCUCCACUGUGAUGCUAGUGAAGUUUAGGCUGUUCACAAAUUGGAAUAAUCUGCCAAACUUUGUUUAAUUAGGCUGUAAAGCUUCAUAUGGUUUGGUCUUGUUUUUCCUAUUGCACUUGUGCAAAUGACAAGGUUUCAACAGCUGCUUUUUGGGGCGCUGUAGAACCAAUUCAUAGUUCUGAUUCAGCCAGUUCUCUGACUAUCAUUUGUUCAGUUUUUGAUGUUUCUUGAUUCUCACACCCUUAAAUUUGGAAUGUGGAUGUUUUCAAAUCAAAAUACUUCAUCUUCAGUCACUUACCCUCUGUGGCUCUUUUCCAGUGUUUGUUCUUUCCCUGUGUUGGCACUUCAGGUGAACAGCAGCAAAGUUCACUUGCAAGCAAAUGUAGAGCCUUGAAUUGAAGUUAACCUGUUCUUAUCUAAGCAGAGUUCUGAUAAGGUUUCACAGUUGAAGCAGACAAUGGUAGAAAACAAUGUCUUUUCCUGACCAAACAGCUCCCUUUAGAAUGUGUUUUUACUUUUACUGAAAGACACAGACUAAACAACCGAAAAGUUUUUUUUAAUUUUAAUUAACAUAGAGGAUGAGUGCAUUAUUUCCAAAUGAACUAACAAUGUUUUAAUGUCAAACUCAGUGUUUUGACAGUUUGGUUUCCAUGUUGGUUUGUUUGGGUGUUGCUGAAGAUCCUGCAUCACAGUCUGAUGUGUUCCUGCCCUGAAAUGUAAUUCUAGUAUUGGUUGACAUAAACCACAACAUCGAUCCUGAUUAGCUUGGCUGUUUAUGUUUUUUAUAUUAUAAUUGACUAAUGUGUAUUAAUUGUUUCAUCAUUCAGUUACCAUUGUUGUACUUAGUCCACUCAUUCAGCAGCUCUUUCAUACCGAAGCUACGUACACACAGGACACGUUCUUGACCGCACCUUUAGCCCUAGGUGUUCACACUGGACAAGCAGGGAGGGGCUUCUUCUUCUACUUUUUACUGGCGGAUAUCCGCCACCUACAGUUGAAAGAGGUUUGGUGGGAAAAGUUGAAGCGGUUUAAACUGCCAAAUCUUUUUCCAGGCUUUUGCUUUGAACUCUGAUAUAUCCGGUCACAAACUGCAAUUAUUAAUUUCUCCUCCAUGAUCAAUGUUCUAACAGUUUGCACUUCCAUGAAGUAACCUUUGUGCUAUCCUAGGCAUUUUACCAUUGGGAGUUGGGUCAUCUAGACCCACUAGACAGUGCUCUGAACCUUUUUUCUUCAAUGAUUUGU